AAGUUCGACGUUCAAAUGGAAUGAUCGUCGCCCAGACAAUCUGAUAAGAUCAUGCACCAUUUGCCAAGCACAAUGCGCAAAUGACGACAGAUUUGCGGCAGAUCCGGUGUUGUUGACAGCUGUCCUGCGGAGACCGUUGGAGAUCUUGCUUUUUCCUGUCGUCCCGAUCCUCCAUCCCUUCGCCAGACUCCAGAUGGCGAACUCCACCGUCGGCUAUGCGCCAGAGCAGUUCGAAAUCCCGACAGACUUCACCUUCUCUCUCGCCGACUCAACUUCCGUACGAGGCGUUGAAUCCACUACCGGUCUUUCAGUCUACCUGGGAGCAGCGGGCGCAGACUUGUCCUCUGCUGAAACGCCUUUCGUCACCUUAAAAUUCCUCGAGCGCACUCUUCGCACCAGUCUUCAUGGUGUCGUGAACGACGACCGAGCGCAACACCUCCCCGUCUUCUCGCUCAGCCUUUCCUCGCCAAAAUCUGAACUCAGCCCGAAAGAUGCUUGGGCCAUCCUGUACGCUCUCUGGAUCCGCCGUCCCUCUGAAGACGUCGUUCCGGUCUCGCUCGAUACCGAAUCCAUCGCCAACGUGGAGGAUAUCCUCAUCUAUCUCACCCACACCGGUCUCGCGUUCUCUCCUCCUGACGCCACCGCGCCUACCGAUCUCCUCGUCUCCAGACUCGCAUUCUGGCAAGGCGCGGGUGCACCGCUCGAGAGGUCGUGGCAUCGUGCUCCUAUUCCGCAUCCUUCCCUCUCCGGCCUCGCUCCGUUCGGAUUCACUCCUUCCUUCACGCGCGCUACCAACGUCUGCACCAUCCAUCCUCUCCGUCCGCCGAAGCCCGCACCCGGAACCAUAAUCUACUCGCGUUAUAUCUUCGCCGUCAACCAAACGCUGACGUUCAUCCAUAUCAACGCGAACGACCCUCUCCAUUUCGAGACGUACUGUCGGUGGCAAAAUAGUGAUCGGGUGAACCAUGGGUGGAGGGAGAAGGGUGACGACGAGCACCAUAGGAAAUAUAUCGAGGAGAAGCUGAGGGACAAGCACUCCAUGGGUUUCUUGGUGGCGUGGGAUGGAGAGUUCGCCGGGUACGGGGAGUGUGGAUAUGUAAAGGAGGAUCAUAUGGGGACGUUCGUCGGUGGCUUGGGUGAUUAUGAUCAGGGGACUCACCUCCUGGUAGGCGAACAGAAGUUCAGGGGCCAUACGCGCUUCUCCGCUAUCAUGACCUCCAUGAAACACAUGUGCUUCCUCCGCGAGCCUCGUACCGAAGUCGUCGUCGGCGAACCGCGUACAGACCUACCCAUCAUCCCAAAACUGAUCAAGGCGCUACCGCAGGAAGUCAACAGGGAAUUCGAGCUGCCGCACAAACGCGCGGUCUACUUCGUCCUCCGCAGACAGAGAUUCUUCGAGGCGGGGUUAUUUUAUUAACUGACAUCCUAGUUGGAUGCUCGUCUUUGUAUGAGAAUGAGAGAAGUCGAAUAAGGUCGGUGUAGGAUGGGUGGGAGGAAUGGGUGAACGUUUGGUUGUUGUUGGCGAAAUGUGGCUAGCGCGUUUGUAUCUCCGCUUCAAAUACCGAAAAAAUAAAGUUGAAGUCAACAUUU